AUGGGCGCCAUGGGCGGUACAGGCACAGAGCCGCCCCGAACGUUUCGCACUUCUCUCCUCCGUUCCACCUCAGCCCUUCUAUCCGACGGUGGCCCUGAAGAUCCCACCCUUUGCUUAGACAGGCCAAAGUUGACGAUGAGCGGGGAUACCGACGCCGAACCUCCGUUUCGGCUGCCCAACGGAUCGUCUUCCUCGAUGAGAAUUCAUACAGAAAAAUGCAUUCUAAAAUUAGGAACACAAGAAUGGGUGGGAGAAAUUUGAUAACUCUCUGUGACAGUAAUUUUAGCUUAUUGUAUGUAAUAAUUUAAUUAAAUGCAUAUCACAUAAGAGUUUCAAUUUAACAGAAAUGUAC